AAGUUGUCAACGUCCUCCCCUUUCGAGAACAAGCUUCGUCAGACUACAAACGGUAUUGCUAAAUGCAGCAGUAGCCUAAGUAACUACGCAAAAAGUAAUAGAUCUAACUAUACCGUUUUUGUACAAAAAAAUUCGAAUAGAAAAGGAUACGAUGUUUGUUGCAAGUCAACACCAAAUGUAACUACAGAGAAAUGUCAGUGGAAGUACAGCAAAACCCGAUGCCUCCGUAGACUUGUCGCCGUGCCAAAUCUUUACUUUUCUGCCAAGUCAGUGCACCAGUGCAGCCCUCCCUCAGAGCCCAGCUAUGUGGAGCUGUAUGGCUUACAAUGAGACGGACUCCAGCUCCGAACACCGGCUCUGCCAGGACUUAGGCCUCAUCCUUUCCGUCUUCUCCUUGUUCUACCUCAUGGUGUGCUUCCCCAUAGGGCUCUGCUACAACGCCCUGCUGGUGGUGGUCAACCUCGCCAACAAGGUGUCCAUGACCAUGCCAGACGUCUACUUCGUCAACAUGGCCAUCGCUGGCCUGGUCCUCAACCUGGUGGCCCCUGUGGAGCUUCUGGGCCCCAGCUUCACCCGCUGGCCCAUGUGGGAGUACAACAACGAGGUCUACAUCACCCUGCUCAUCCUCUUCAACAUCUCCUCCUUGGUCAUCAUGUACUCCACCACGCUGCUCAGCCUGGACUACUACAUCGAGCGAGCGCUGCCGCGCACCUACAUGUCCAGCGUGUACAACACCAAGCACGUGUGCGGCUUCAUCUGGGGCGGCGCCGUACUCACCAGCUUCUCCUCGCUGCUCUUCUACGUGUGCAACCACGUCUCCACCAAGAUCAUCGAGUGCUCCAAGAUGCAGAACAAGGAGGCUGCGGACGCCAUCAUGAUGUUCAUUGGCUACGUGGUUCCGGCCGUGGCCGUGCUGUAUGCUUUUGUGCUCAUCCUGCGCAUUAGGAAGGAGUCCACCCCGCUGGACCAGGACUCAUCCCGCCUGGACCCUUCUAUCCACAGGCUGCUGCUGGCCUCAGUCUGCAUGCAGUUUGUUCUAUGGACCCCGUACUACAUGACUCUAUUGGUACACACUAUAGCUGGGGCGCCGGGGAGCUACGGCAACAACAACAAACAGCGCCUUACAAUUUAUUUCUUCCUGAGGUGUCUGUCAGAACUGCUGGCCUUCUCCAGUAGCUUCGCCAUGCCUCUCAUGUACAGGCAGAUGAACAAGAACUUCUCCCACAAGCUGCAGCGGCUGCUAAAGAGGCUACAUUGCAGGGACACAUCCUGCUCUCACGAACGCUCCACAGUGCAGCAGAUGGUGACGUGAGACAGGGCCUGGCCUUACUAACCCCCAUCCUCCUACCCAGCCUGCACUUAUUAUCACAGACCCCACAGAGACAGCAACACAUGGCCUUAGAAGUCAGCUACAGGUCUAUUGCUGCUACUCUGGCUGAGUCUUGACUUUAAAUGAAACUAAGGAAUCUUCAUUGACUUUACCGAACUUGACUUUAUUUGUCCAGUUCUGUAGCAAGAAGACAAACCAAGCAGAAACCACUAAGUGCAUUAGCAAGCUUGUCACUUGGACACUUGGUUGUUAGAGAAUUCUCCACACAGCUUCUAUUCAGGGUUCAGACAUGGCCGACUUACCUCUUGUGUCCUAGAAUGCUAUCACUUAACUGCCUGCACCCAACACCCAGUCAUUGUGUGGGGAACAGUUGCCUUGGCUCAGUUUAUGUGAUGUCUAAAAGCUGCUUAGAGGCACAGAAGUGACCUGCACAGCUACUUUGCUAUCUUGCUUCCCACUAAAGAGGAAGACUGUUUAUAUAUGAAAUGUGUCCUAUUUAUAAUUCAGCUAAAUAAUGAACACGUCAAUCACAUUUCACUCUUGUCAUGUUAUGAUGAUGUCCGUUAUUGCAUGUGAUUAUGUGAUGCUAUGAAGUGUUGAAGUCUUUGUUGCUAAAAUGAAAAGGUCAGUUUAGUCAUCUCCACUUUGAAAGAGACAAUAUAAUGAUAAGCUAUAGCCCGUUGUUUAAACGUGUUGCUACUUGCUACUGCUGGUGUAUCCAGGCCACCUCAUGAUAAGUAUUGACUUAAUUACAAGAUCAGCAAAACCAUUUGAGUUUCAUGCUGAGGAAUCCUAAAAAUGAGUCCACACCCUGUUAAUCAUUAGUUAAGCUCUGGUCAAAGUCCUAAUUUAUUACAGUUGAAAUGCUCUUUUUGAGCAGUAGAGCAACAGAGGGACAGACAUGUCACAUGUUCUGCCCUGCUACUUUCAGAAACAAACAAAUGACUUAUGUCUAGACUUAUAUUGGCAAAUUUGAAUUCCUAGGGUUGUUGGAUGAUGGUAGAGUUCACUGAAAAUGUCACAAAAUGAAAAGGACUGAGGCAGAUUCUGGCUCUUGCAUGGUAAACUUAGUUAUAAGCAAUGUUAUGCUACCUUUAGAUAUGACCAACAACACCAGGAAAUAAAGAACUGUUAGGAAUAGGAACUGAAAUAGGGAACAGUAAAUUCUCACAAUUAAAGAUUCUGGCCGAGAUCUUAAGCACUUACAAAUUUGUAACAUAUUGUACAAAUUGGAAUUCAUAACAUAUCAUACGAAUUGCAAAAAUAUAGAAAAAACUAUUCUCGGGGAGGAUUCCUAACAUAUCAUAUGGAAUGGAUGACAUAGUACACCAUUUUCGGGGACCUGUUUUGGCUUGUGAGCACUACUUUCAAAAUUACUGGCUGAAAUUAUACGAAACCUUUGGAGCAUCACUUUAAUGUGAUUCUUAGUUUUAGCAAGACAGAUUCCAUUGCCCUUUACCUCCCCUUUAUGUUGAGCCAUUAUAACCCACCAUAAUUAGUAUAUAUUUUUAAAGAACCAGUACUGUAUGUUAGAGUAUGCUAUUCUUUUAAAUCUACCUAUAUAAGCAGAGAUACAAAUGUAUUUUAUUUCAUGAGGUUUAGCUACACAGGUCAAGAUGAAUCCAGUUUCAGAUGUGAUGCUUUUGUGACUGUGUAUAUACCAGUAUAUAUGUAUAAUAUGAAAUAUCUGUAUAUAUUGUAUGUUAGAGUUUUACUGGAAAAACACCAUGUCCUCUCACAAAUACAGUAUUAUUUUCUCAAAUAUAUAUUUAGAUACUCUAGCUUCAGUAAUCUUCUCUGUUGUGUGUUGAGUCAAGGACUGAUUAAACAAUAAACUAACAUGGGAAUUAAACACAA